CUUCAUUUACUAGAGACCAGUAUACAUGACUUGGGAGUUGAUAAAGAUUCUUCAACGAUAUAUGUUUCGCUCAUUAGAUUUGAUCUACAUCUAGUAUUUCAUAGAGCUAAUAAACACAUAUUGAAACAGAACUAUAGUAUUUGGUCCAUUCCAUUUGAAUAUGGAGGUAUAGCAGGAGUUACUUCUUCAA